CUCCUGCAAAGGCAGAGAGCAGAUGAGGAUGUGUGUGGAGGCUUGGCGGCCCACAGCCCUUCUGCUGGGACUUGUGCUUGGAGCUGUGGCAAAGCUCAACUGUGUUGGGGACACCUACCCCAAUGGCCUUCGGUGCUGUCAUGAUUGCCAGCCAGGCAGUGGAAUGGUGAGCCGAUGCGACUUUGCCAGGGACACAGUGUGCCACCCAUGUGAGCCAGGCUUCUACAAUGAUGCUGUCAACUAUGAGCCUUGCAAGCAGUGCACACGGUGCAACCAGGGAAGUGGGAGUGAACUCAAGCAGAACUGUACACCCACUCAGGACACUGUCUGCCACUGCAAGCCGGGCACCCAGCCCCGGGGGGACGGCUACAAGCGUGGAGUUGACUGUGUCCCCUGCCCUCCCGGCCACUUCUCCCCAGGCAACAACCAGGUCUGCAAGCCCUGGACCAACUGCACCUCUGCUGGGAAGCAGACUGCACGGCCAGCCAGCACCAGCUCAGACUCUGUCUGUGAGGAAAGGAGGAGCCCCCAGGCCACAUUGCCCUGGGAGACCCAGGGUCCCACAGCUAAGUCUACUGCAGCCACGCCCACCACGGCCAGGUCCACCAUAGCCCAACCCACCACAGUCUGGCCCAGGACUUCUCUGGGACCCUCAGCACCUCCCUCAGAGGUCCCCAGAGGCUCCACGUUGGUUACCAUCCUGGGUGUAGGCCUGGGCCUACUGGCCCCCCUGGUCUCUCUGCUAGCCCUGUACCUGCUACGAAGAGCCUGGAAGUGGCCUGAUGCCCUCAAACCCUCUGGGGGAAACAGCUUUCGGACCCCCAUCCAAGAGGAGCAGGCCGACAUGCAUUUCACCCUGGCCAAGAUCUGA